AUGAAUUCAGUCGAGCGCCUCCGCUACUUUGGCGUAGAACUCGAAGAAAAAGCCCCCCUGCAUACUAUUGAUGUGCGUGAAAGUUGGCCCGAGAAGGGUGAGAUCGUCUUCAACGAUGUCGCCAUCCGAUAUCGCAAAAACCUACCUCUUGUGUUGCAGGGCCUGUCCUUGCAUAACAAGGGUGGUGAACGCAUUGGCGUUGUUGGUCGUACUAGUGCGGGCAAGUCAUUGAUCACGGAUGCUCUAUUUAGACCCGUGGAAAUAUCUGCAGGUUCCAUUACCAUUGAUGGUGUCAAUAUAUCUCGGAUUGGGCUUCUGGGCCUACGAUCGCGCACUAUCCGUAGCAACCUCGACCCCUUCCACGAGCACACGGAUCUGGCACUUUGGUCUGCUCUACGCAAGACGGGCUUGAUACGAGCCGGCGCAGACGACACAAAGCUCGAAGACCGCAAAGAUGACACCGCGCCAGCUCUGCUCAUGGCUCUCGCAAGAGCUCUAGUGCGUGAUACCCGAAUCGUCAUCUGUGACGAGGCCACGUCAAGCGUGGACAUGGAGACCGAUGACAAGAUCCAACUCGCGAUGGUGUCAGGCUUCCGCGGCAAAACCUUGCUUUGCAUUGCGCAUCGUCUCCGAACCAUCAUAGGGUACGAUCGGAUCUGCGUUGUGGAUGCUGGGCAAAUCGCACAGUUUGAUACCCCUGCAAAUCUGUAUUGCGAGGAAGGCGGCAUCUUUCGCGGCAUGUGCGAACGCAGCAGCAUCCGGCUAGAGGAUAUCGAGUCUGCUAGAGAUACCAUCACAACUUUUGACGAUACAAAUCGGCGCUAGACAUCUACCUUCCCUCCUGCACAUGGACCAGACUGAGUCUCAACCAUCUGUCUAGACACUGCAAAACGGCGCUUGAGCGACAAUGA